GUGUACCGUCGGCUUCAUCAUUGACUUCGACAUUUACAUCGAUCACUGCGACCGGAGUUGACCUUGCUGUCACCGAAUUGGACAUUCGGAUGACAUUGCCUGUCACCACCGCCCUUUUGGCUCAGCAAAAGAAGGACUACAACACUGUAGUGUUGGCCUGCAUUCGCACUCCUAAAUGCGUUGGUGUGACGAUUUGGACAUAUGCCGACAACUACUCUUGGAUCCCAGACGUCUUCCCUGGAGAGGGCGCCGCUCUUCCUUGGGAUGACCAACUGAAACCGAAGCCUGCUUUCUACG